AUGAACAAUUUGCUUGCCUUAUUGGCAAACUUUGGCCUGCAUGUGGCCGCCGACACUCCGUCUCAGGCAUCAAGGCCAAAUAUUGUCCUGCUGCUGUCUGAUGACCAAGACAGACGCCUCGGAUCUACCGACUUUCAGGGGGUACUGCAGCGGGAAUUGGUUACCAAGGGCACUGAGUUCAUCAACCAUCAUGUAACUGUUGCCCAGUGUUGUCCCAGUCGAACCUCGCUCUUCCGGGGUCAGGCUGCACACAACACGAACGUCACCCAUGUCCAAGCGCCCGGUGGCAACUACGACAAGUUUGUCUUGUCGGGCGAGAACAAUGACUAUUUGCCGUUCUGGCUGAAGUCGGCCGGAUAUCGUGCCGAAUAUCUUGGCAAGUUUUUUAAUGGCUAUACCGUUCUCAAUUACAACACGACGCCCAAGGGCUGGGACCAUGCCGACUGCCUGGUCGACCCGUACACGUACGCCUACAAUACCGUCGUCAUGUCACAGAAUGGUGAGCGGCCGGUUCUAUACUCUGGCUACCAUCAGUCGGACGUAAUCCGCGCAAAGGCCCUGGCACGGCUCGACUAUCUCACCUCCAACUCGACGUCCGACCAACACCAGCCCUUCUUCCUCGAAAUCGCACCUACAGCCCCACACGUUGCCCAGCAGGGCGACGCCGGCAUCGCCAACCCUGUCCCUCUCUCGCGGCAUCUCAACGACUUUCCCAACGCCACCGCGCCCCGGGUGCCAAACUUCAACCCCCCGGAUCCCACCCAGUCCCUUCGCAGCAACUGGGUCGGCAGCUUACCCGCCCUCAAUGAAACCCAGAUCGCCUACGCUGACGAGCAGUUCCGCGCACGCAUCCGUUCCCUACAGGGCGUAGACGAGAUCCUCGAGGAUGUGAUCGCGCUGCUCGAUUCACGCGGCCAACUUGACAACACCUUCAUCAUCUUCACUUCUGGCAACGGGUACCACAUUGGCACGCACCGCGCCGUAGCCGGAAAGGCCCUACCUUAUGCCGAGGACACCAACGUGCCCUUCGUCGUGCGCGGCCCUGGCGUUCCGGCCAAUGUCAAGUCGCGGAUUCCGGGGGCUCAUCUGGAUCUGGCGCCUACAUUCCUGGACAUCGCUGGGGUGAGCCAGGAGAAUUGGCCGCGCUUUUUUGACGGCAGGAGCUUGUUGAGACAGUGGCAGGGGAAGCCGGAGCAAGACACUAUUGGCAAAGAACUGCUGAACGUCGAGUUCUGGGGUGGUUGCCACUUCGAGGCACCCCCCUUCACCUCGUACCCGGAAAAUAGCUACAAGACGCUACGCAUUUUUGAUGAAGCCGACAAUAGCUGGCUGUACGCCAAAUGGUGCAGCGGUGACGAGGAGCUCUACGACACGUCGAACGACCCGUAUGAGUUGGAGAACCUGGCCGUGACGCGCGUCGACGACACGGAGACGAGGCGGCUCAUCAACCGCCUGAACGCCCUACUGAUGGUGACCAAGAGCUGCUCCGAGGAGACCUGCCGAAACCCCUGGUCCAUCUUGCGGCCUCCUGCGGCCUUAAAAACCACCACCGUAUUCGACAACCUCAACGACGCUAUGGAUCCCGCCCACGACGCCUUCUUCGCGGGGUUCCCCCGGAUCGCUUUCAAAGAGUGCAUGACGUACCAGUACGUUCCGAACGAAGAGCCCUUCUAUCCUGCCUCGUCCGCCGCACUGCAGGAGCAGUACCGAUUGCCCACGGACAACUUUGUCAGCGUGGCACCUGAGAGCUUCCUGGCGCCGUCAAACGACAAGCUCGAGGGAGCUUGGUACCAGAGGCACGUCACGCUCGACACAAUAAUGCUGUCAGCGCGCCAGCUAAGGGACGACGAGUUGGUGCCGUAA